CCUAUUUAAAGGAGCGUCCUCGUGGUAUAGCAAGCUGAAGAAUACACCUAUUUCUCCCUCUCUCUCGAGGCAAAAAAUGGCGAAAGAAAGCAUGUGGGCGUUGCUCAUCUUUGUGGCCGCAAUCCGAGGCUCGCUCGCCGGAAUCCCCCGUGAAAUCCACCUCCUCCGGCCGCGGUCGGGCUCCGCCGGCGAGCGCGUGCACGGCCUGUCCUGCCUGAGCUGGAGGCUGGGCGUGGAGACCAACAACAUCAAGAAUUGGACCACGGUCCCGCUGGAGUGCGAGGGCUACGUGGGUCACUACAUGCUGGGGCAUCAGUAUAGGGAGGACUCGAAGGUGGUGGCGCGCGAGGCCGUGCUCUACGCCAAGAGCCUGAAGCUCGCCGGAGACGGCAAGGACGUGUGGGUGUUCGACGUCGACGAGACCUUGCUCUCCAAUCUGCCUUACUACGCGAAGCAUGGAUUCGGGGCGGAGCCCUACAACUCGACGCUGUUCAAUCAGUGGGUCCUCACCGGCAAAGCACCGGCGCUGCCGGAGACGCUGGAGCUGUACCGGGAGCUGUUGAAACUGGGGAUCAAGCCCAUCUUCCUCACCGGAAGAACCGAGGACCAGAGGAAGAUCACUUCCUCCAACCUCAGGAACGCUGGGUUUAGCAACUGGGAGAUGCUCAUCCUGAAGGGAUCGACUUACUCGGGGACAACGGCGGUGGUCUACAAAUCGAGCGAGAGGAGGAAGGUGGAAGAGAGCGGGUACAGAAUCGUUGGCAAUAUCGGAGACCAAUGGAGCGACCUGCUCGGAAUCCAUGCCGGCAACCGAACCUUCAAGUUGCCUGACCCCAUGUAUUACAUUAGUUGAUCCCUUUCAUCAGUUUCUCUUCAUUGAUCGGGCCCCAUUUAAGUCCAUGGUGAAUGUGAUUGACUACCAAUAAAUCUCUCGAGAGGAACAAUGUAUGCAUUAGACCAGUCAAAAUGGGUUAUAAACCAAUUUCUUCGCCCAUAUGUGAUGACAAUUAUUAUAUGAGUACGGUAUAAAUGGAUUUAGAA